AUGGCCAAGCGACGCAAGACGACGGCGCGCUCGACGCUUCCGAACGAGACGCUGCAACUCAUCGCCGAGUGCAUUCGCGACACGAAGGACAUGGCUGCCUUGCUCGGUGCGCUGCCCGAGUCGCACAAGUCGGCUCCUCUGCGAGCCCUCGGCGUCCUCUUGAACGCAGUGCGCGACCGCCGCAUUCCCCAGCUCGAUACAAUCGGGUCGCGGAUGUCGGAGCUGUCGUCUCGGCUGCUCACGCCCGAUUGCAUUACCAAGGACGACGACCUUCGCCGCGCGAUUGCUACGUACGCGUCGAUGGUGCCGCGCAUUCCGGUUCGUGCUGACACCGCGCCGUGGUUCUGCGUCCCGCCGCGAGCGCGGCUCGAGGUUGCCACUGUCCAGACGCGCGACGAGCUUGCGUACGUGAUGACACACUGGUCGGACCAAGCCGCGUCGUUGCGCGUCGAGCUGGGCAAGCUCGUUGUCGACGACGUCUGCCGCGCUCUGCGCGCACUCCCACAGCUGCGCUGCCUCCACCUCACAUGGCCGGCGUCGGCGUCGGCGGCGCAGCACUUGACGCUUUUUCUGGCCUCAUGGGCUCCAACCUCGGCCCCUUGGAACAAGGCCGUCGUGAACGCCUUUCUUGCGUGGACAACGCGUGCGGCCGUCAAGGCGCUGUCGUUUGUCCAUCUUUGUGUGGCGACCACCGAUGCACCUGCGCUUGCUGUCGCCCUCCUGGGCUUGAAGUCCCUCCAAUCGCUCCGCGUCGAGUUUGGUGAUUUUCCCCGCGCACUCUUUGCGACGGGCCAGCAACUUCCAGUGCGAUUGACGACGCUGACAACGUACUUGGAUACAGAGUGCAGCGUCGACGGGUUUCUGCAGACGAUCGGCGGCUCCAACUUGCGUCACCUCGAGCUUGGCACCGCGCGCCGGCUCGCGCCGCAGACCACGACGCGGCUUUGCCACGUCAUUUCGACAUUGACGCGCCUGCGACACCUUGGUAUGCGGGGCAGGCUGGACCUCCGACCGUCGGCGAUGACGUGGCUCAGCCGGUGUCUACAGCAACUCGUGACGCUGCAGCUUCGGGGCACAUCCGUGUGCGAUACGGGCGCGACGUUGCUGGCGUUGGUGCUGCCGGCAUGCGUGCGAUUGGAAGAGCUGUGCUUGUACAACCAGUCGUGCACGCACGUGGCGACCGAAGCCCUCGCCGCCGCGAUCCCAGCCUGCGUGACGCUCAAGGUGCUGGAUUUGUCCUUCAACCAGCUCGGAUCGGACGGCCUCCUCGCGCUGCUGCCUGUCAUGCGGUGCCUGGACAGCGUUGCGCUGCGAGGCAGCAACAUUGGCGACGACGGAGCCAAUGGCCUUUGUCGCAUGAUGCACGACACGGACCAUAUGCGAAAACUCAACCUGAGCUGCAACCCGCUCUCGACCUCGGCGGUGCUUUCGGUGAUCCAUGCGGUGGCCGAGUCCGUGGUUCGCCACGGCGUCGUCGAUUUGUGCGGGAUUGUCCACGACAAGGACGAUUUGCGCGAGUGCUGGGAGUUUGCCCGCGAGACCCUGCCGUACAGUAGCUGGUGCAAACUCAACGCCCUCUAUUUCUAA